CACUCACCCACAACACUGUCAGUUGGAACGGAAUCGGCCCUGCUUUUACCAGCUGUUCAAAAACAGUCCAAUUGGAGAACACAAAAGGAACUCCCAAAAAUGAGCUUCAUCGAUCAGGAAGUUACGGAGUUCCGGGCCAAAUGUGAGAAGCAGGUGCCGCACACGAAGAUCAUAAUUUGCUCCAGCUCUCUGAUCCGAGUGGACAUCUACCCGGAGCGGCCCAACAGAUCGAUGACCGUGUGCCUGCGAUUCCCACAAAACUAUCCACAGAGCACUCCCAUCCUGGUGGAGCUGAAGAGUCGCGUUUACUCCGACAUGCUGCUGACGGAGCUCACCCGGCUGAUCGACGACUAUGCGCGGGACUUCAUCGGCAAGCCACAGGCGCUCCUAGUCCUGGCCUUUGCCCAACAGUAUUUAUCGGAUAAUCCACUCUGCGUGUGCCUGGACGAGAUCAAGCAGCUGAGGGCGGACAUCAAGAAUGGGGGCACCACCACGGAGAGUCAGCUAAAGUUGAAACAGCGGAACAGGAGCGUGGAGCUGGUGGCCAGGGGAGGCCUCUACACAUACAAAGUCACGGCCGUUGUGCCGGACAGCUAUCCCAUGCAGAGUGUGGAGUUGCGUGGCCAGGAAUCCAAUCUCCCGGCUGUGCUCGUGCGCUACCUAAACGGCCAGUCGCGUGAGAUUGCCCGCCAGUGCGUGGAGCCCCCGAUCCGGCUGAGCAAGGAGGCUCUGGCCAAUUUCCGGCCCGUCAGGAGCCUGCAACGAUCGCUCAAAUUCUGCCUGGAGGCCACGCGGGACUUUCACAUCGAACUGUGCCCCAUUUGUGAUAAUACCGUUCUGCCGGAGGAUCCGCAGGACAUAGACACAGACGAUAAUGCGGACACCUUCAUCGAGCGCGUCUAUUGUGGCCAUCUGUUCCACCAGGGCUGCCUUAAGAAGUACCUGUCGGAGCCCCCGUUUCCCAGGGGCGGCAAAAUCUGCCCGGCCCAGCGCCGCCAUCCGCGAUCGGAUGCCCAGACCUACAUGGGGAGGACCCAGAGCACAGGUGGCUCCUCCACCGUGUCCAGGACUCCGGACGAUGCUGGUGUGUGCGGCAUCAAGCUGGCACACGAUCGCUGGGUGGUCAGCGUGAAGACCGCGGAGGCUAGAUGGGCCCAGAAACAGGCUCGCCAGAGGGAACUGGAGGAGGUGGUCGACUUCCUGCAAUAACAGAGGAUUCAACUCGGGAACAGCUUUCUGUGUAUGGUUAUGUAUUUUGUGAUUUCUAUUCGAAUACGCUUAUAUUACUAAUGAUGAAAUAAAUAAAGUGAAGAUGAAGUGCGA